CCCUGAGGGGACUCAGAGUCUCGGCCGGCGCCUCGGCCGCCACGUCGUCCUCCUCUUCGGGUCUAUCCCGCGCCCUCCCGGCGACCCGGCCUCCGGUCGCGCGGGUCUAGCCGCCAGGCCCUUGCCGAGGACAGGCCAGGUGGCCGAGAAGAAAGCACGUGCUUGAGCAGUGGUCUGGGCCAGGGGUCCGCCUGUCGUCGCCGCGCCGCGCCAGGGUCCUGAGGGGAGGCUCCUCCCUCAGUGUCCCCCGGACUCCGGCCUUCUGUGAACCACUGGCCCCGCGCUGGCUGGCGUGGCUCUGGGCCGUCACGUGUGGAGGGAGGGUGCGUCUUCCCCGCCGCGUCCCCGGCCCGAGGAGGAGAGGACUCCGCAGCAUGUCCCCCGCGCUCCACGACCUGACGCCAUCCGCAGGAAUGAAGAAGACCCUGCAGGAUGAGAUUGACGCCAUCCUGCGGGAGAGGAUUAUGGUGCUUGAUGGAGGGAUGGGGACCAUGAUCCAGCGGCACAAGCUGAGUGAAGAUGACUUCCGAGGACAAGAAUUUAAAGAUCACGCCAGGCCCCUGAAAGGCAACAAUGACAUUUUAAGUAUAACUCAGCCCGAUGUCAUUUACCAAAUCCAUAAGGAUUACUUGCUGGCUGGGGCAGAUAUCAUUGAAACAAAUACUUUUAGCAGCACUGCUAUUGCCCAAGCUGACUAUGGCCUCGAACACUUGGCCUACAGGAUGAACAAGUGCUCUGCGGGAGUGGCCAGAAAAGCAGCUGAGGAGAUAACUCUCCAGACAGGAAUUAAGAGGUAUGUGGCAGGAGCUCUGGGUCCAACUAACAAGACACUCUCUGUGUCCCCAUCUGUGGAAAGACCAGAUUACAGGAACAUCACAUUUGAUGAACUCGUUGAAGCAUACAAAGAGCAGGCCAAAGGGCUUCUGGAUGGUGGGGUUGAUAUCUUACUCAUUGAAACUAUUUUUGAUACUGCCAAUGCCAAGGCAGCCUUGUUUGCAGUCCACAAACUUUUUGAAGAGGAGUAUGCUCCCCGGCCUAUCCUUAUUUCAGGGACAAUUGUUGAUAAAAGUGGGCGGACUCUCUCUGGCCAGACCGGGGAGGCGUUUGUCAUCAGCGUGUCUCAUGCAGACCCACUCUGCAUUGGAUUAAAUUGUGCUCUGGGUGCAGCUGAAAUGAGACCUUUUAUUGAAACAAUUGGAAAAUGUACAACAGCCUAUGUCCUCUGUUAUCCCAAUGCAGGUCUUCCCAAUACCUUCGGUGAAUAUGAUGAAACUCCGCACGUGAUGGCCAUGCACUUAAAGGAUUUUGCUAUGGACGGCUUGGUCAAUAUAGUUGGCGGGUGCUGUGGUACGACACCAGAUCAUAUCAGAGAAAUUGCUGAAGCUGUGAAAAACUAUAAGCCUAGAGUUCCACCUGCCACUGUUUUCGAAGGGCAUAUGCUACUGUCUGGUCUAGAGCCCUUCAGGAUCGGCCCUCACACCAACUUUGUUAACAUUGGAGAGCGCUGUAACGUUGCAGGAUCCAGGAAGUUUGCUAAACUCAUCAUGACAGGAAAUUAUGAAGAAGCUCUGAGCGUUGCCAAAAUGCAGGUGGAAAUGGGAGCCCAGGUGUUGGAUAUCAACAUGGAUGAUGGCAUGCUGGAUGGACCAAGUGCAAUGACCAGAUUCUGCAACUUCAUCGCUUCCGAGCCUGACAUUGCCAAGGUGCCCUUGUGCAUCGACUCUUCCAAUUUUGCUGUGAUUGAAGCUGGGUUAAAGUGCUGCCAGGGGAAGUGCAUUGUCAACAGCAUCAGCCUGAAGGAGGGAGAGGAUGACUUCUUGGAGAAGGCCAGAAAGAUUAAAAAGUUUGGAGCUGCUGUGGUGGUUAUGGCUUUUGAUGAAGAAGGACAGGCAACAGAAACAGACACCAAAAUCAGAGUGUGCACCCGGGCCUACCAUCUCCUUUUGAAAAAACUGGCCUUCAAUCCAAAUGACAUCAUCUUUGACCCUAAUAUCCUCACCAUUGGUACUGGGAUGGAAGAACACAACUUGUAUGCUGUUAAUUUUAUCAAUGCAACAAAAGUCAUUAAAGAAACGUUACCUGGAGCCAAAGUAAGUGGAGGUCUUUCCAACUUGUCCUUUUCAUUCCGAGGAAUGGAAGCCAUUCGAGAAGCAAUGCAUGGGGUUUUCCUUUACCAUGCAAUCAAGUUUGGUAUGGACAUGGGGAUAGUGAAUGCUGGAAACCUUCCUGUGUAUGAUGACAUCCACAAGGAACUUCUACAGCUCUGUGAGGACCUCAUCUGGAACAGAGACCCUGAGGCCACCGAGAAGCUCUUACACUACGCCCAGACUCAGGGCAAGGGAGGGAAGAAAGUCAUCCAGACUGAUGAGUGGAGGAAUGGCCCCAUCGAAGAACGCCUUGCAUAUGCUCUUGUGAAGGGCAUUGAAAAAUACAUUAUUGAGGAUACUGAGGAAGCCAGAUUAAACCAGGAAAAAUAUCCCCGACCUCUGAAUAUCAUUGAAGGGCCACUGAUGAGUGGCAUGAAAAUUGUUGGUGAUCUUUUUGGAGCUGGAAAAAUGUUUCUACCUCAGGUUAUAAAGUCAGCUCGGGUCAUGAAGAAAGCCGUGGGUCACCUUAUUCCCUUCAUGGAAAAAGAGAGAGAAGAAACCAAAGUGCUUCCUGGCACGAUAGAAGACAAGGACCCUUACCAAGGUACCAUUGUGCUGGCUACCGUGAAAGGCGAUGUGCACGACAUUGGCAAGAACAUAGUUGGAGUAGUCCUUGGCUGCAAUAAUUUCAGAGUUAUUGACUUAGGAGUCAUGACUCCAUGUGACAAGAUACUGAAAGCUGCUCUCGACCACAAAGCAGAUAUAAUUGGCCUGUCAGGACUAAUCACUCCUUCCCUGGAUGAAAUGAUUUUCGUUGCUAAGGAAAUGGAGAGAUUAGCUAUAAAGAUUCCGUUGUUGAUUGGAGGAGCUACCACUUCGAGAACCCACACAGCAGUUAAAAUAGCCCCAAGAUACAGCGCGCCUGUGAUCCACGUCCUGGACGCAUCUAAGAGCGUGGUGGUGUGUUCUCAACUGUUAGAUGAGAAUCUAAAAGAUGAGUACUUUGAGGAGAUCAUGGAAGAAUAUGAAGAUAUUAGACAAGACCAUUAUGAGUCUCUCAAGGAAAGAAGAUACUUAACUUUAAGGCAAGCUAGAGAAAGCGGUUUCCAUAUUGACUGGCUGUCAGAGCCUCCCCCAGUGAAGCCCACAUUCCUUGGGACUCGGGUCUUUGAAGACUACGACCUGCAGAAGCUGGUGGACUACAUUGACUGGAAGCCUUUCUUCGAUGUCUGGCAGCUCCGGGGCAAAUACCCAAACCGAGGCUUUCCGAAGAUAUUUGACGACAAAGCUGUAGGUGAAGAAGCCAAAAAAGUCUAUGAUGAUGCCCAAAAUAUGCUGCAGGCACUGAUUAGUCAGAAGCAGCUCCACGCCAGGGGCGUGGUUGGGUUCUGGCCAGCGCAGAGCAGCCAGGACGACAUCCACCUGUAUGCGGAGGGCGCGGCACCCCAGGCCGUGGAGCCCAUCGCCACCUUCUACGGACUCAGGCAGCAGGCCGAGAAGGACUCUGGCAGCGCAGACCCCUACCUCUGCCUCUCGGACUUCAUCGCCCCUCUGCACUCGGGCGUCCCUGACUACCUGGGUCUGUUUGCCGUCGCCUGCUUUGGGGUGGAGGAGCUGAGCAAGGCCUACGAGGAAGAGUGUGACGACUACAGCAGCAUCAUGGUCAAGGCGCUGGGGGACCGGCUGGCCGAGGCCUUCGCCGAGGAGCUGCACGUGCGGGUCCGCAGGGAGCUGUGGGGCUACUGUGGCGGCGAGCAGCUGGCCGUGGCCGACCUGCGGAGGCUGCGCUACGAGGGCAUCCGGCCGGCGCCCGGCUACCCCAGCCAGCCCGACCACACCGAGAAGCUGACCAUGUGGAGGCUGGCGGACGUGGAGCGGCACACAGGCAUCAGGUUAACAGAAUCGCUGGCCAUGGCACCUGCUUCAGCGGUAUCCGGCCUUUACUUCUCCAAUUUGAGGUCCAGAUAUUUUGCCGUGGGGAAAAUUUCCAAGGAUCAGAUUGAGGAUUAUGCUUUGAGGAAGAGCAUGUCUGUGGCCGAGGUUGAGAAAUGGCUGGGACCCAUUCUGGGAUAUGAUACAGAAUAACUUCUUUUUUUUUUUAACCUUGUC